AUAUGACCGAAGAAAACGAAGUUGCAGUAUCUGGUGAAAAUGAGGUAGAAGUAGAUGGAGAGGAGGAGGAAGAAGAAGAAGAGUACGAGGUGCAGAGGAUUAUUCGAUCCAAGAAGACGAAAGGAGUAUCAUACUAUUUGGUAAGGUGGAAGAACUAUGGAAGUGAUGACGAUACGUGGGAGCCGGAGGAAAACUUAGUCGAUUGUAAAGAGGCGUUUGAAGAAUUUCUUGCUCAGGAAAACGCCAGAGCGGCUAAGAAAGAAAAGGAAGCAGAAGAGAAGCCAUCGAUGAAAAAUUCUGCUACUGGUCAGAAAAGGCGGAGAAUAAAUGAACCCAAGUCAAAGAGCUUGCUCAGUUCUGAUGAUGACUCGGAUGCUUCCAUGUCACCCAAAUCUCCACCUGUAAAGAAAUAUCUCGAGAAAAAACCCAUCCGAGUAAAAAGUAUUGUCAGUACUGAUGACGAUUCCGAUGGAAAACGAUCUCCCAUAAAGAAAACAGAAAGGAAAACACCGAGACCGGAUUCCAAACCAAGACCAGAAGUAAAAAAGGAGCCUAAGGAAACUAAACGUGUUUACAAGUUUUUGUCAGACGAUGAUGACAACAUGGGAAUGAACAAAGUCCCAAAUAAAACCCCAAAACCAGAGAAAAAGAAAAUCCCGAAGAUUGUUAGGACUCCAAAGACACCACCGAAAAAAUCAGAAGCCAUUGAAAACGCAGCAAGAUUUUUCGAAAAAGAAUCAACUAAUAUGGAGGUCGUAAAGAUGAAACGAGAAAAGAAGAAGAAAAAGAAAGAACAGGAAAAUGAUAACAAGAAUUUUGUACCGGUGCUAGCUCCUCACUCCACUGACUCCCCCGCCUCUGAGUUCAGCUCCUCUAUAGCACAUUUAGAAGACCUAUUCCUUCCCUUUGGAGUUGAUGUUAGGAUACCUUCUGCUGAUGGUGUACACAGGGUCACUCUUCCUAUACCACUAGAAUAUGAAGAUCCUUCUGGAAAAAUGAGCGGUUUAGAAAACAUUAACUGGACGCUAGCUGUAUACUACGACGCUUUAGAUCUCCUUAUCAAGAGUAACUGCAUACAGGAUGUACAGACUCUGUUGUUAAAACAGAAGCUGAACAUAAACCAGAUCUACGGAGAAAAGACACUUGUUUCCCUAUCUGUACAUCAUGGGAAACGUAGAAUGACAGAUAUGUUACUCAGAUACAACCCUGACGUUAACCAGCCCCUUGAUAAAGGAAGAAUAGCUCUACACAUAGCAGCUGAGUUGGGUCACACUGAGAUAUGUGUCAGUUUAAUAGAAGCUGGAUCCAACAUCAACCUUCGGGACGCGGUUCUGGAAACACCCCUAAUGAAAGCAUCAGAAAACGGGCACAGAUCAACAGUAGAAAUGCUCCUGGACUACGGAUCCAACUUCGCGCUCGUUAACGCAGCCUGCAAAACAGCGGAGGAUCUGGCCCGGGAACGGUCCCAUGAGUUUAUAGCUCAGAAGAUACACCAUCACGGGGAGCAAAUAGCGGAUGCUUUUAUAAAUGUCCACAAAGCAGGCACCUGCUUAUUAAAGGAACAGUUACUGCCCGUUCACACUAUAUUCCCAGAAUUUAACUCUACCUUCACGUUAUGUUUCACUACAGACCGGUUGAUCAGUUGUAAGCUGAUAAUAUCUAGACUUAGUAUCAGAAAGGGGGAUAUCGGUAAACUUUUAGACCAGUCAGCUAUUAAAUGCCAGUGGAUGAAUCAGAUAUUAUCUCUGGAAUACCCGGGCUCUGUUGUGUUUCAGCCUAGGGUGGGACUCAAUACUCUCGUCUUAAACUUUAAAGACUACAUCAAGAAAUAUGGAAUUGAGCCUUUAUUAGUGUCAGCAUUUGAAGUGCUAGUGACGGUACGAAAUUCUCAUAAAUAAAUCCGCCUGGGUCCGGGACUCUACGGCGUAAGACCCUAACCUUAACCCUAACCCUAACCCUAGCCCAAACCCUAACUCUAACCAUAACCCUAACCAUAACCCUAACCCUAACCCUAACUCUAACCCUAGCCCUAACUCUAACCCUAACCCUAACCCUAACCAUAACCCUAACCCUAACCAUAACCAUAACCCUAACCAUAACCCUAACCCUAACCCUAACCCUAACUCUAACCAUAACCCUAACCCGCCGUUGAGUCUUACGCCGUUGAGUCCAGACCCCGAUCCGCCUUAUUCAGAUUUGAUAGAUCUUCGUGCGAUCUUGGUUUUAAAAAUCUUUUUUAACAUUAUAUUAUUGAUUCACCCAGACAUUUUCGAGUGAGUGUGUGAUUUAUGAUGUACUAAUUGAACUCAUUUAUUAAGUUUAAGUAUUUGUAUGAAUUUUAUAUUUCGAGUCUAACUCUCUGUGAUAAUGGUUGUCUUGCAUUUCUGUUGUAGGAAACAUUUCAGUGAAUUACAAAGUUUUUUAUUCAAAGCAAUUGUUUUUGACCAUUGUGUCGACCGUCUUACAAACCUAAUUCUUGAGAGAGUACCA